AUGGAUCAACUAUGUCCUCCAAGGCUUUAUGGAGAUUGGAUAGGUUUUCCAAGCUUUUUCCAGUUCACUUCAGCGGUGCAUCUUCAGAGGACCCCCAGGACUCUUGACAGCUAUUAUGAGGUGUUACAGAACAUGCGCAUAUUGGAGAACCAUGGGGUUGAUUUUGCUGCAUUCCAGUUAUCGGGUUCCGCCAAGAAAUGCACUGUCCAGUUAGAAAAAGAUUUGACGUAUGAGGAGGAACCGGUGGCUAUUCUUGCACGACAUGCCUCUAAUCUCGCAUUUGCGAGAUCAUACAUCGCAUUUGCGACCUCUGAGGGGUUUGCAUUUGUGAGCUUCUCAUUACAAAUGCAAAGAGAAGCUGGGCCACACAGAUUCGCAUUUGUGAUAUGGGUAGCAGGAGUGUGGAAGGUUUGCAUUUGUGAAACUUUCUCGCAUUUGCGGGCUUCGCACGCACUUGCGACAUCUGCAACUGGAAAUCAACAGGAGGUGGAGGAGGGGGGCAAAGGCGGAAGUGGAGGCAGUAGCAGCGACGUUGGCAACGACGGGGAUAGUGGAGACUUGGGGUUGCAUGGAGUGGGGAAUGGGAUAUGUAUGAGGGAGAAGAGAAGGAGCAACGGAAAGGUGGGCUGUUGUAGGAGAUUUAGUUUGUUUAUUGAGAUGGAAAAGAGGAAUUGGUUGUGGAAAAGAAGACCUUCUGAGAAGAGCAGCGCUGAAACUGAGAGUUGUGGUUCAUUGUCAUCACAUUCAGAGAGACACUCUGAUGAGCAGGAUGCAUUAAAAGAAACUCCAGAUCAUGACAACCAGUCACCGGAAGUAACCUCAAAAGCUGUAACUAUUGAUCAUGAAGCAAAGGAAAGUCCUAGGAAGUUGAUAGAAAAGUUAUCAGCUGCUCUAGUCAAUGUUAGUGCCAAAGAAGACUUAGUUAAACAGCAUGUUAAAGUAGCAGAAGAAGCUGUUGCAGGUUGGGAAAAGGCAGAAAAUGAGGUUGCAGUUUUAAAGCAGCAACUCGAGGCAGCUGUGCAGCAGAACUUGACUUUGGAUGUUCGCGUCAACCAUCUUAAUGGUGCUCUCAAGGAAUGUGUCAGGCAGCUAAGACAAGCGAGAGAUGAGCAGGAGCAAAGAAUUCAGGAUGCUGUGGAAGAGAAGAAAAAAGAAUGGGAGGCUGCGAAAGGUGCACUUGAAAAUCAGCUACUUGAGCUUCAGACACAAGCUGAGGCUAGUGGAACUAGUCCUCCUGUUUCUACUGAUCCAGAUGUUCUUGUCAGGCUUGAGUGUCUAGAGAAGGAGAACACAGCUCUUAAACUCGACCUUUGUUCUUGUUCAGAGGAGUUGCAAAUUACGACCAUAGAGCGUGAAUUGAGCACCCAAGCAGCUGAAACUGCUAGCAAGCAGCAGCUAGAGAGCAUAAAGAAGGUGACCAAGCUUGAAGCCAAGUGUCGAAGACUACAAGCCUUGGCUUGCAAAUCAUCCCUACUACGUGACCAAAGAUCCUUUGAUAGCCACAUGAUGCACAAACUGGAAACAAGUGAAUGUGAACAAAGUUGCUCUGAUUCAUGGGCAUCAGCACUAAUUGCUGAGCUCGAUCAAUUUAAGAAUGAAAAAGCCAUACCUAAAACUCUUGCUGCCCAUUCUAUGGAAAUUGACAUGAUGGAUGAUUUUUUGGAGAUGGAGAGACUCGCUGCAGUAUCUGUGAAUAAAGCCACUUCACUUACAUGUGAUGCUGUCGCCCAUGACUCCCCAAUUGAAGAGAAUCCCCUUGCAGCAGAGUGUGAGGCCAUUUCACAAAGGGUAGCCGAAUUAGAACAAAAGCUGGAGAAGAUUAAGGCAGAGAAAGCUGAACUGGAGAAUGCUUUAUGUGAGAGCGAAGGUGCCCUUAAGGUGUCCGACUUGCAGCUUAAGGAAGCUCAAAUCAAGAUAGAAGAGCUGCAGAAGGAGCUAGAUGUAGUGAAUGAGUCGAAAGAGUUGCUAGAGGUUCAACUCUUUGGCAUGGAAGUAGAAGUGCGGACUAUGUCAACAAACAUUGAUUCUUUAAAGAAAGAAGUUGAAAGAGAACGAUCCUUGUCAUCUGAUAUGGAAACUAAGUGCCACGAAUUGGAAAUUGAACUAAGAAAAAAAUCUCAGGAUGCUGAACUUCAGAAAGCUUCUAAUUCAAAUGGUGAAUCGAAAAUAAAGCAGGAAGACUUAGCUGUAGCUGCUGACAAGCUUGCAGACUGCCAGAAAACAAUUGCAUCUCUUGGGAAACAGCUUCAGUCACUAGCUACUUUAGAAGAUUUCUUGAUAGACACUGCAAAUCUUCCUGGAUUUUCUGGAGGAGGAUCAGUUGUGGCUAGAGCUAGCGGAGAGGAAUGGAAGUUGCAUGUAAAUGAGACAUUGACCUCAAGACAAAAUUCAGAUACUACAAAGUUUGAGAAUUCUAGUCAUUCUAUGAAUGGAAAUGAAGGAGAGUCAUCAUCUUCUUCGUCAUCAUCGUCUACUUCAUCAGCUACUCAGGUGAUCACCUCCAAAAGUAGGAAUGGUUUUGGGAAGAUGUUUUCUCGAAGCAAAACUGGAAUUCAGCUCUAAAAUAUAAGAGUGGAGUCGGGUCCUAAAAUCAAUAAAAGAUAAAUACUAAAAUCAAAAAAGGAUAAAUACAAGAGGAAAGCCAAGAUGCAAAAACAAAGUGUUGUCAGUCAUCACACAGUCAUAUGGUUAUGUAGUAGGAUGGCUAAUUAAAUUUUGUUUAAUUAGAUAAUAUGUGCUAUGAAAUUCUUGUGAGAGAGUGCAUAUCUAUCAAAUGGCAUUAGAUCAUGACUUUCUGGUGCUUUGGCUGUGGUCACCUACCUCCCUCUUUUGUUUUGAUCCCUUUAGGUAUAUAUCCAGCUGCUUCUUUUACUCGAUUCCCUGAACUCUGGCGUGAUGUUAUGAUGUGAUGCUUCCUGCUAGGGGUGUACAUGGUUUGGUUUGAGUCAUGUUUUCAUAAAUAGCUAGGAGAAUUCCCAAUUUGGUUGCAACUUGCAUGGCCUCAUGUGAUCUGUUAUUGCUCAGCUCAUUUUAUUUACAAGAUUUCUUUGGAUAUUGGCUACUCAACUACGCAGUAUAAAUUUGUGACUAUUCUCCACCUGCAAUCAUACUUGAAUGACAUGCAAUUUCUCCCUUUUUCAAUUGGAACGACUUGUGUUCCCCGACCCCUACUUCACCCUCUUGAGCAUUUUUCAUCUCCUUAAUAAGUUUGUGUAUUGUACACUGACGCAAAGAUUCUAAUUUCAAGCUUUCAACUUCUUUAGCAUUCCUUUUGUUAUGCCCUUGAUCUAUAAUUGCUGUGAGAUAGAAUGUCAACUCGUGAUUUACGGCACUUGAUCCAAUAGUAGGAAAAACAUUUUAAUCUGCAAAAUAGGAAGUGACAAUCAAGUUUUGCCUU